ACUACGGAGAGACCGCUUUCAAAAUCAAACAACAGCACGUCCCAGUAUCCGAGCACUCCACUAACGUCGCUGCCUCCUCUCUUUCCCGACCCCCGAAGCCGAGGCAUGGCGGGGACCGGGGAGAAGGUGGACUACGUGUUCAAGGUGGUGCUGAUCGGCGACUCGGCGGUGGGCAAGUCUCAGAUCCUGGCCCGCUUCGCCCGCAAUGAGUUCAGCCUCGACUCCAAGGCCACCAUCGGCGUCGAGUUCCAGACCCGCACCCUCGUCAUCGACCACAGGAGCGUCAAGGCCCAGAUCUGGGACACCGCCGGCCAGGAGAGGUACAGAGCUGUGACAAGCGCAUAUUACAGAGGUGCACUGGGAGCUCUGCUGGUCUAUGACAUCACCAGGCGCCAGAGCUUUGAUCAUAUACCUCGCUGGCUAGAUGAACUCCGUGCCCAUGCUGACAAGAACAUUGUGAUAAUGCUAGUUGGCAACAAGAGCGACCUUGAGGAGCAGCGAGCUGUGAGUACUGAAGAUGCCAAGGAGUUUGCCGAGAAGGAAAACCUCUUCUUCCUGGAGACUUCUGCGCUCCAAGCAACAAACGUAGAGAGUGCUUUCCAAACUGUCUUGACAGAUAUCUUCAAAAUCCACAGCAAGAAGAACAUGGUGUCCGAGCCUAAGAGCAGUGGUGCGGCCCCAGCAAUGGUAGGGAAGAAGGUCCUUGUCCCAGGUCCGGCGCAGGAAAUCCCGAAGAGCAAGUGCUGCAGUUCCAUGUAAUGAUUUCUACGCUCGGUGAUAGGGUGUGCUAAAUAUAUUCACGCAAUAUUGUUUUGGUUGUAAAUCCCUGCUGGAACAAUCAAAUUUCAGUGGGUUGAUUGUGUUAAAAAACUGGUGUGUCGUAGAUUUUGUCACAGUUGUGACGAAAGGGAAUGGUGUGGCCUUGGUGUUCUUCCUGUACAAUUGUUACAUUUUUUCUCACUGGAAAUAUCUAUAGCGUUGAUUGUUUUUGAGAUA